UUUAAAAAAUUAUAAAUUUAUAACUAUUUAAUAUAUAUAUUAUAUAUAUAUUAUAUAUAUAUAUAUAUAUAUAUAUAUAUAUUUAUAUAACUCAAAUGCUUAUAAAAUUAUUCUUUAGAAAUUUUAGAUAUUAAAUAAUCUAAACAGUUGAAAUGCAAACAUUGAUUCAGACAUAUAAAUAAAGUGAGAUGAAAAUAAUGUGAAAAAACGCAGCUAAUCAAUUAACAAUAUUAUAUUACUGUAUUAUGAUUAUCUUCGAAUAUGUAAUAAAAAAUGUAAAAAAAAUCUAUUUACAUGAUUUAAGAUAUACAAUUGAAUCUAUUAAAAUUUUAUCGCAAUAUAAUAAAUAAUUCAUUACAUAUCAAGAUACAUAUGUUAUAAAAAAAAAUUUUUUUAACUUUUUAUCUUAUAUAUCUAAUGCGAUAACUUGAAUAAAUAUUUUAAACUCUUCUUUAAGUACUUCAUUGAAAUGUUUGAUUAUGGAUAAUUGACAUUACGAUAAAUUAACUUGAAAAAUAAAAAAAAAUUUUUAUUUUAAUUGUUUAUAUAUUAACGUAUAUAUUAAUAUUUUUAUAAACAUCUUAUAAUUAUGUAAUUAUGUAUAUCCUUUUUCUAAAGAUAUAACAAAUUUAUUUUUUAUUUUUUAUUUUUUAUUUUUUAUUUUUUAUUUUUUAUUUUUUAUUUUUUAUUUUUUAUUUUUAAUUAAUACGUUUAUUUAAAAAAAUGGAUGAAUGGAAACUAUGGAUGAGAGACGGAUUAUUUAAUUUAUGAUAAUAUUACUUUUUAUUUAACGAGAUAUUAAAAUCGAUUUUAAUAUUUCUUUUUCUUUAAUAACAGAACAUAGGUAAUUUUAAAGAUAUUUUAAAAAAUAUUUUUUUAUAUUAAAUGUCAAUAAAUAUAAAAUGCGAUUUUUUGAAAUAAAAAAUACAUUGAAAUCACAUUCAGUGACAUCUUUGAAGCUGCAUAAUAAUUAAAUUUACAGGUCAUUGCUACUUGACUUUUUGUAAUUUAACGGAAUGAUAAUUUUACUUGUGAUAAUACAAUACUGAAAUGUAUUGAUAAGCAUCAUUUUUUCUUUUUUUUGUAAGCAAAGAUAAUUGUGCAUUUUGAUGUGAAUGAUUUGUGAAGUUAACAUGUCUCAAAAAGAUCAACAAAUUUUAAAACAAUUUUAUAAUUGUUGUAUUUUACGAGAUGGAAAAAUCUUAAACGAAGAUUUGUGGGUUCGUGAUGGAAAAAUUGUAAAUCCAGAAAAAAUUUUUUAUGAUGAAAAGAUAAAACCAAAUAUAAGAAUCAAUUGUAACGGAGCGUUAAUUUCCCCUGGGUACAUUGAUCUUCAGAUUAAUGGCGGAUUUGGCAUAGAUUUUACACAUAAUGUUAACAAUGUACAAGAAGGAAUUAAUAAAGUAGCCAAAAAAUUAUUAGAAUUUGGUGUAACAUCAUUUUGUCCAACUUUGGUUACAUCACCUAGUGAAACUUAUCAUAAAAUAAUUCCAAAUAUUAAGAGAACCAAAGGUGGAAAACAUGGUGCAACUGUAUUAGGUAUUCAUUUAGAAGGACCAUUUAUUAGUCCAAGUAAAAAAGGAGCUCAUUUAGAGUGCCACAUAAAACAAUUUGAAAAAGGUUACAAAUCACUAACUGAUAUGUAUGGAAGUUUAGAAAAUGUAAGUCUUAUUACAUUGGCACCUGAACUUCCCAAUACCCAGUCCGUAAUCAUAGAAUUAUGUAAAAGAAAUAUUAAAGUUUCUCUUGGACAUUCUAUAGCAAAUUUGAAAGAAGGAGAAGAGGCUGUAAAAAGUGGAGCAUCCUUUAUUACACAUCUUUUUAAUGCAAUGUUACCAUUUCAUCAUAGAGAUCCAGGAUUAGUUGGUCUCUUAACAUCUGAUCAAAUCUUCCCUGGAAGGAUUAUCCAUUAUGGUAUAAUUGCAGAUGGUAUUCAUACUCAUCCAGCUGCAUUACGUAUAGCUCACAGAACUCAUCCUGAAGGAUUAGUUCUAGUUACUGAUGCAUUGUCAGCAUUAGGAUUAGAAGAAGGAGUACAUCAAUUAGGACAGCUUAAAAUCGAAAUACGCUCGGGACGUGCAUAUAUUGCUGGAACAGAUACAUUGUGUGGAAGUACAGCAGAAAUGACGAAAUGUGUUCGUCAUUUCAAAGAAGUAACAGGUUGUUCAAUAGUAGAAGCUUUAGAAGCAGCAACUCUUCAUCCGGCAAAAACUCUCGGUAUUGAAAGAACGAAAGGAACUUUGAGUUAUGGAGCAGAUGCUGAUAUAGUAAUGUUAGAUAAUGAUUUAGAAUUAUUAUCAACAUGGAUAUCAGGAGAAUGUGUUUAUAGUAAACACAAAUGCUGCCGAUAAAAUAUAUUAUUUGAAUAAAUGUGAUUCGAAAUAUGAUUCCAAAUUACCGAUUCGAAAUUAUUGUUAAUAUUAUUUGAAAUGGUGGCGGAAUUGAUUUUAUAAAUAAUAAUUGUUUAUCUAGAAAAUUGUAUAAAUUGUAUAAAUAUAAAUAUUCAAUUUAUAACAUUUAUAUCUCAAAUAUCACAGUUUUCUUGCACAAUGGCUGUGAAUAUUAUUGUAAUUAUAUUUUAUUCAUUUAUGUAUUCAUAUUAUACAUAUAUUUUGUAUAAAAAAUUUUUUAGAAAUGUAUAUUUUAGUAUAUAUAUAGAAAUUAAAUUUAAAUUUUAUUAUUGAUGAAAUAAAAAUAAAAUAUAUUUAUAUUUUUAUAACAAAAAGACAAAAAAGUUUUUAUAAUUUUUGUCUUGAAAUUAAAAAAAUUAAAGAUAUUCUACAUGAGAUAUAGAUAAAAUAUAUUUAUUCUAAACAAAGAUUAAUUGCAUUAGUUAUAAAAUAUUUAAAUAAGAAAUAGUUUUAAAAUAAUAAAUAAAUUACUUUUUUUAUUCAUUAUUUUUUAUAUCAUUUAAAAAAUAUUUUUAAUCAAAUUGUAUAAAAUAAAAGUUUAGUUUUUUUUUUAAUUAUAUUUAUUAUAUUCAUAUCAAUAUAUUUAAAAUAAAUAAAAAGGGAAAUUUAUUUACUAUUAUUUUUAUUCAUUUCAUAAAUAUAAAUGUUAUAUAAAAAAUAUUUAUAAUUAAUAUUAUCUGUAUUCAUAAUUAUCAUAAUUUGUGUCAGAAAUAAAAUUAUAUGAUUAAUUUAAUA